AUGAGGUUGACAAGCCUCCUGCCUCUCCUCGAAUUGCCUGGAGUGGCACCCGCCGCUGUCAACCCCUUUCAGACCCGGUGUAACUCAUUUCAGAACCGCAUCGACAUCACGAAUGUCACGGUAAGAUCGGUCGAGUAUGUCGCCGCCGGACAGAAUAUCUCUCAAGCGGAGGUCGCGGCGGCCUGCAAGGCCUCCCUGCAGGCCAGCAUCGACUUCUGCCGGGUGACCAUGAAUAUUUCGACGUCGGACCGCAGCCACCUCUGGGCAGAGGCGUGGCUCCCACGAAACUAUACGGGUCGCUUCAUGAGCACCGGAAAUGGAGGGCUGGCUGGAUGUGUCCAGGAGACAGACCUCAACUUCGCGGCCACGUUUGGAUUCGCCACCAUCGGCACCAACGCGGGACAUGACGGUGACACGGCCGAGCCGUUCUUCCACAACUCCGAAGUCCUGGCAGAUUUCGCCUAUCGCUCCGUCCAUGCGGGCACGGUGGUGGGUAAGGAGCUGACCCAACUGUUCUACCCGGAAGGGUUCAACUACUCCUAUUACCUGGGGUGUUCCACGGGAGGGCGCCAGGGCUACCAGCAGGUGCAGCGAUUCCCCGAGGACUAUGACGGGGUGGUGGCAGGCUCGGCGGCGAUGAACUUCAUCAACCUCAUCAGCUGGGGAGCGUUCCUUUUCGAGGCCACGGGGGCCGUGGGCGAUCCUGGGUAUAUCUCUGCGGAUCUGUGGGCCGUGGUCCACGACGAGAUCCUGCGCCAAUGUGAUGCGGUCGACGGGGCCCUUGACGGAAUCAUCGAGGACCCAGAUUUCUGUGCCCCGGUGCUCGAGACGUUGAUCUGUGACCAGGCCACGAGCGACACAUCCUCCUGCCUCACCCCACUGCAGGCGUCCCGGGCCACUCGCGCGCUGGGUGACUUCUAUGGCCCAGAUGGACAGCUGUACUACCCCCGUCUGGAAUAUGGCGCGGAAGCAGAUGCCGCCGACAUCUACUUCACGGGGUCCAUGUUCGACCGCACAGUAGGGUGGUAUCGGUACGUGGUGUACAACGACACCACGUGGAACUCCAGCCAGUGGACGCUGGAGAGCGCGAAGCUGGCCCUGGAGCAGAACCCGUUCAACAUCGAGGCGUUCGACCCGGACAUCACGACGUUCCGGGACCGGGGCAGCAAGCUGCUGUCCUACCACGGCACACAGGAUCCGGUCAUCAGCUCGGGCAACAGCAAGCUCUACUACCGCCGGGUCGCGAAGGCCCUGAGCGCGCGCCCGUCCGAUCUGGACGAGUUCUAUCGCCUGUUCCAGAUCUCCGGGAUGGGCCACUGCGGCGACGGGGACGGGGCGUCAUACAUCGGACAGGCGGCGGGCACGUACACGGCGCAGGCGCCUCAGGUCAAUCUGCUGCGCACGAUCGUGGAAUGGGUCGAGCAAGGGAAGGCGCCCGAGUUCAUGGCGGGGAACAAACUGGACGCGAGCGGGAACAUCGAGUAUCUGCGCAAGCACUGUCGUUAUCCCCAGCACAACAUCCACACGGGGCCCGGCAAUUACACCGAUCCGGAUGCGUGGACCUGUGUUUAG